AAAACAGCAAAGAGAUUUUAGCACAUAUAUAUAAAAGACAUAUAACUAAAGUCCCCUCAAAUCCCAAAAAAGAAAGAAAAUGAAGGCUGUUGCAGUAGCAGUUAUUGUUGUGUUAGUUCAGUUCAUAGCUGAACCAGCACAGGCCAUCACUUGUGGUCAAGUGGACGCUGCUUUGGCUCCUUGUGUACCUUAUCUUACUCAAGGUGGUGAGCCAGGAGCAGCUUGCUGCAGUGGGGUGAAAAACUUGAAAGGAAUGGCUGCAACCACAGAUGACAGAAGGACAGCUUGUAACUGUGUUAAGGCAGCAGCCAACCGUUACACAAACCUUAAAGAUGAUGCUGCUCAGGCUCUUGCUUCUAAGUGUGGUGUCGCCAUGGACGUCCCCGUCUCCAAGACCAUCAAUUGUGAUACAAUCAGUUAUUAAUGAGCAGCACGGUGUCAGGAAUAAUGCCAACGAGUGAAGGAGAUGGCCAUGAUAUGUUACUUAUAUUAGAUAUAUGUUGAGCAGCUUAUAUUAGAUAUAUGUUGAGCAAUAGUUUUCUUGAGGGUCCGUUUAUGUAAUAAACCUGGGGUCGUGAAACUCCCUCUCUGUUGUACCAUUACUAUGCAGUAAUAUACUACUAUAGUACUCCCUUUUUGUUAAUUA